AUGUCUGACCUCGAGAAUAUGGACACUCUUCGCUUUCGCGAACGAGUCCACCAACGCCGACGGCACAGUCAACCACUCACCGACGAGGAAAUCACCUACAUCACCCAACAGAGCGCAGAGCUUGCCGACGAAGCAUUAACGGGUAAGGCUUUUGAGUUUGUUCGUGUAGGUGAGAUCUUCGGGGCUAAGAGCACCCGAGACCAGGUGAAUCCGGACCAGAUUCGAUGGGCGUCCAAGGCCGAGCAGGUCUUGAGCAAACCGUUGAAUGAGAUCACGAUGGACGACUCCAGGAAUUUAACCUCAAAGGAGGCGCGUGCGUUUGCGGAUCUCCCUGCGACCGGAUCAGUGGCUUCGCAUGUUCAUUCGGCGGCGGAGAAAAAUGCCGAGGGCUCGUAG